GCUGCAUUAUCCAAGGUUGUGGCUGCAGCUUACCUAGAUGCUGUUGCCUCAUUAAGCGCUUCACAGCAUCCGAAUACUGGAACACCAGUCACUGGCUCUGGUAAUGUGGCUUCAACUGUCACUGGUUUGAGUGGUUUGUCGGGUUUAUCCGAGCAACAACUGGAGGCUGUUGCUGCUUUGGCUAGUCUUUAUCAAUCCAGUCACUCUGGUUCUUUUGGAUUUGCCAACAUAACUAGCAGUGGAAGUGGUAACGGAAGUGGUAUUAUGCCGGUUUACUCAGUAGCUCAGCCUUCUACUUCUCUUCACACAGGACACAAUGUCACUGGACUUUCUACUUGUCCACAUACAGACAACACUGGUUUACCUACUAUUACCACAGCUACCAAUGCAAAUGUCAACCUUUCUGCUCAACAGCAGCAGCAUAUUGCUAUUUUAUCGAAAUAUUUUAAUUUAACUAGCCAGAGUCUCGUCUCUGCUGCGAAUAACUCUGUGCAGCCUAUUCCAACGUCCUCUGGCUUAAUUAGGCUCCCGGCACCCGGCUCUGCUGUUGCAAGCGCUAUUCAUGGUACAAGUACUACCUUACCAAGUAGUGUAUACGGACUUCCGGCGGCUGCCCUCAGCUCAGCCUCACCAACUCAACUCCUGCGUUUGGGCUCACAAGCCAGCAACACUGCUUCUGUUUCAAUCAUUUCAUCAGUCCCAUUUACUUCUAUUCCUACUUCUCAUCUCUGCUCCAACAGUGGCAACCUAAGUGGGGCUCUCGUGUCUUCUCCUUCCGUGACAUGCCUAGUUCCGAUUUCACAAAACCCCGCAUCACUGGUCAAUUCUCUCUCAGCUGCCGCUGCAAUACCGGCUUCUGUGGUGCCCUCUACUACAAUUUCCUGUUCCAAUGUCACCUUUUCUUUUCCAGCCUCUUUGUCUACAGUCACAUAUCCAUCAGGGCUAGCAUCAAUAGCUGGAACUUCCUCUCUUGCAUCUGGGGGAACAACAUCUACAACUGCGAUGACUACUCAUCCUAUAACUGUCCUUCCUUCUCCCACAGCAUCUUCUCUGUUGCCACCAGCACCAACCAGUUAUAGAGGCAGUAUUACCACCGGCCAGUCGGCACAGCAAAUACAGCUCCAGGCAGCUCAACAAGCGCAGCAACAGCAAAUCUCUCGUUAUUGA